CACCUCUCCGACCACCAAAACAAAGCUCAGAAUCCUACCUGACUAGUACUACCACUACUAGCUAGUAGCGAGCUACUCUCUCUGGUCAUCAAGCUUUGAGUGGUUGGAGUGGUGGCAGCUAUGGCUUUUUCCAUCUCCAAGAAGGCUGCAGUUGCUGCACUCUUCUCCUUCCUUGUUGUCACCUGCGUCGCCGGCGCCAGGCCGGGGAACUUCAGCGCCUCCGACUUCACCGCCGAUCCCAACUGGGAAGUCGCCAGGGCCACCUGGUACGGCGCUCCCACCGGCGCCGGCCCUGACGACGAUGGCGGUGCUUGCGGGUUCAAGAACACCAACCAGUACCCGUUCUCGUCGAUGACCUCCUGCGGCAACGAGCCUAUCUUCAAGGACGGGAAGGGCUGUGGCUCAUGCUACCAGAUAAGAUGCGUCAACCACCCUGCCUGCUCCGGCAACCCGGAGACGGUGAUCAUCACCGACAUGAACUACUACCCCGUUUCCAAGUACCACUUCGACCUGAGCGGCACGGCGUUCGGCGCCAUGGCCAAGCCGGGGCAGAACGACCAGCUCCGCCACGCCGGCAUCAUCGACAUCCAGUUCAAGAGGGUGCCGUGCAACUUCCCUGGGCUGAAGGUGACGUUCCACGUGGAGGAGGGGUCGAACCCGGUGUACUUCGCGGUGCUGGUUGAGUACGAGGACGGCGACGGCGACGUGGUGCAGGUGGAUCUCAUGGAGGCCAACUCCCAGUCGUGGACGCCGAUGCGCGAGUCGUGGGGCUCCAUCUGGAGGCUCGACUCCAACCACCGCCUCACGGCGCCCUUCUCGCUCCGCAUCACCAACGAGUCCGGCAAGCAGCUCGUCGCCAGCCAGGUCAUCCCGGCCAACUGGGCCCCCAUGGCCGUCUACCGUUCUUUCGUCCAGUACAGCAGCUAAGCCAAUGAUCAAGAACAAGCAUAAUUCAUGCCUACUAUAGCAGCAGCAGAAGCAGCAUUAGCUACUAUACAUACCUCUACGUACGACAUUUGAGAUCGAUCGUUUGGCCAUUUUUAUCUGCUCGGGUAUUGAUUAGCUCUCCCUCGGUAUUGUAUGGAUUUGCAUGGAUGGUUCAUUAAUCUGUCAUCAGGAGUUCGUUUUGAGUAGGUGAGACGUCGGUUGUUGGGUGUCAUAUAGACAUCGCUCGGUGUCUUGAGGUUGAGAGUGGGAUAAGGAGGAGGCAAAGUUUGCAUGUGCUGUCCCGCCCACUCUCACUGUACCAGUGUCACUGUUUGUGUAACCAGAACAAAGGUCAUAAAUUAUACUACUAGUAUACAGUUUGCUGCCUGGCAUUCAGUAUGAUCAA